AUGGAGUUGAAGGUAACACGCCGACGACCCCCACAAAUGGGGGUCCACUCGCCUAAGGCGCUGAGCAUCAGCGGCAACAACAGCAACACUAACAGUGCCAAUUGCGCCCGAAACUUUUCGCCAGUACCAGGGGGGGGCAUCCACCCCAGCGCCACAAACAACAGCAGCAGCAUUGCCGCCAACAGCGGUGGCAGAGGAGCUGCCAAGUCGCGCCCACUACCGGUUUCGCGCAGCGACAGUUUGUUGAAGCCAACCGCCGCACGUGGGACACUGGCGAUGGCAUCCGGCACGCGCAUCCGCCGGCGACCACCAUCGGCGCAGGGACGCGUCGCCUCACCACUGCUUACCCGCCCCGGCGUAGCGAGCCUCAAGAAGGAGAUCAUCGAGCACCGCACCGACCCUUCGCCGGCACCGUCACGGCCGCCGCGGGCGGUGAAGCGCUAUUCGCUCGCCGUGUCGCCGCCGAUUCUGACUCUGAACCCAGCGCCACCACCGCGUGGUGUGCCGGAGGCACCACGCAUGACGAGUGCGUUCCACUCAGGUGGAGACAGAGGUGGNGGGCGGCGCACGUCGACGCUGCGACGGCCGCCGCAGGACACCAAGAAGAAUUCUAUCACCGGUGACAGCAACAGCGCCGCGGCGCCAAGUUCCCCGUCCGCGGCAACGCUCGGAAUUGGGCGGCGCAAUAUUGUGCUCGAUGCGAAGCAGAGUCUCUGCCCACGGUCGGGUGGGACGAAGCAGACGCUGGAGGCGCUAUCGCCCACGGUCAAAAGCACCCGCUUGGAGGCGGUGCGCUGUUAUAGGAAACUGUGUCACGAGAUUGGACAGGCGCCAGAGGAGGCGUGGAUUGAGGCGGUAUUGGGAGAUUGUGGUAAGGCGGCGCCCAUGAACCCCACGGCGAUGAACAGCACUUUGCCACCAGGAGAAAAGAAGCUGCUGGCGGCGGAAAGCGCCGCUGUUACCUCACCGACGAGUAGCGGUGGCGGCGUUGGGGCUGCGCAUCCCAUAGGUGAACAAGGAGGGAAGCGUGGCAUUGGUAGCAGCAGGCGUUCAAGCCUAAGGACGCGAUCUGUUGGAGAGGCAAAGCGUAGUGGUAGUGCGCAGAAACGCGUCGGCGGCGUUGGUGCCCAGCCAGCCGUUCUAUCAUCCAUUGGGGGCAUGGUACGCGAGCGCUCCCCCAGCGACACCUACCUGGAGCACAUGGUGUUAUACUGCCAGCACCUUCAGCCGUAUCGCCAAAAGAUGGAGGCAUUGAAGAAGCGGAGAGAGGAGGUUCAAAACGCCUUGGAACGCUUCUUGGGGCUGUGCCGGAACAACCAACAACAGGGCAACUACGGUGGUUCAAAACUCUUCGCCAUGACGGCUCUGGAGUCUCAGGCCAAAUCUUUGACAGAUGGCCUGAGAGAUCUUCAACGAUGCAAUGUGGCGCUGCUGCUGCGCCUAGCUGAGUACUCCCGGGAGGUUCGGCGACCGUUGGGGUCGGCGAGUUAUGUUGCGGAAACAGGUUCAAACGAACUUCGACAACAGGUACCACAGCCAGCAUCAGUGUCUCUUCAAGCCUCUACUACCUCGCCAAUUGCCCGGCCACAGAGUGCACCACUUGGACAGCGGCCUCUGACGCCGUUGGGGCAGCUCAACGGAAAUACCACUGCAGCAUCUCUAUUUGUCGUGCCAUCGUCAACGGAGCCCCCCAUAGGCUAUGCAAACUUUCUGCGUGCGGAGGAGCACCGUAUUGUACAGCAACUAACGGAAGUCUGCCAGCUCGUUCGCGAUGCCCUGUUGAAGGGGGUGACCGUGGCGAUUGCCGACGAUUCCAUGCUGAGCACUCCGUUGUUUCUUCCAUCAGGAGCGUUCAAUCACUUCGCAGGUGCAGAAGGUGACAGGCCGAAGCAGCAGCAAUCAGCAGGAGAUUCUGGUCAACGAUUUGAUCGCAGCAGUGCAGCAGGCUCUGCGGCAAGCAGUUCGGCUUUCUCGCCCUUUGAGAGUACCGGGAAUUUGCGCACGUACACCACACGGAGCACAGGUAGCCCCGUGAGCUCUGACCACCGAGCAGGAAAGGGGGUUCGGAGCGGGGCGGUGGCGGAUGAUCACAACAGUGCGCCCUCAACGGACCACUUUAAUAGGGAUGAAAUCGAUGACCACUCCCCUUUCGUUGGUGUCGCGCUGAUGGGGUGGACCACGACGACGACUGAUGACAACAACAACAACUCCAAUGCAUUCCUCAGGCACAACACCGGUACCCCGCAGCUUGUGCUGGGUGGAGGCAGGCGGUGCUUCUCGCUGUACCCUGCCGCCCCGAAGCCUGNAAGUGGCAGCGGUCAGUUCGCCAGAAGCAAAUCCGCCGGCUCCUCUACGAUUCAUAAGAAGAAAACGACCGCGAAGAUAGCAACAGCAACAUCUUCCUCAGCCACUACUCCAGUGAAUGCAACAGCAAAUGCAACUCGGCGACAGAAGAGCAAGGCAUCAUCAAAGGUGAGCGGCGCUUCGGGUGUCACUGACGUUAUCGCUGCAGCGCAGAUCCGAGAGGCGGAGGGGGCGUGGGAAACCAUCAAGGGCCUCAUGGCCCCAUUAUCCGAGCGGCAGUCGGUGCAGGCAGAGACAGAUGACAGCAGUUGCAGUAGGGCGGACUCUCAGAAGCUCGUGUCGACGCAAAACGAGCGUCCGACCACGGCGACACCGCAAAGGCAAUCACCGACGGGAAACACACCAGGGAAGGACUUGGAGUCGCCUAUUCCCUGCUCAAAUGUUCCAAUCGCCUGGGCAGAAGGGGGCCAGAAGCAGCAGGAGCAAAAAUAUGCCGGCACACCCACGGCGCCGCGCAGUGCUUCAUCCGCACUGGCUCUCUACAGGGAGUCUGUGCAGCGAAAGCAGGCGGCCGCCGUGAUUGUUCGCUUCCUGCGCCAUUGUCUGUGGCGUAAGUCGCGCCUGGCCAGAGAGGCAAAGCGAGGACUGCAAGAACAACAACAACAACAACAAGGCCCGCAGGAGAAGCAACAGGGUACAGCAAUUACAACGACGACGGCGACAACGAAGUCGGAGGUGAUGAGGUCACCAUCGCGGGGGGCCCUAAAACUUUUAGAGGUGUCGAAGACACAUGAGGCGAUGGCAGUGCGUAUUGCAUGCUGUUGGCGCCGGUACGCUGCUCGGCAGAAGCUCCGACAUCUGCGAAGAGAGGUUGAGGAAGAGAGGAGGCAGCGGCAGGUGUGGCACUACGAGAACCUCAUGGCGCACCGUCUCCAGCGCCUUUUCGCCAAAGCCACGGCCCGACGAAGGCGUUGCGAAGCCCUCCAGCGGAAAUGUGCCUCCAAGCCAGAGCUUAAUGGCAGCGUCAGCACGUUCACCGACAGCAGCAUAAACACAGAGAACAAAGAACGUCCGUUGACCACGCGGGAGAGGUAUGAGCGUGCGAAGGGAAAACGCCGGGAACUCUUGCGCGUACACCUCGACGGAUACGACUCCGUCUCUGAAGACACAAAGGACACAACGUGCAACCAAGCUGUGACAGCCACAACCAAGUCUGAUAAGCCGCUGCAGCAAAAGCAGGAGCAAGUCUGUGAGGCCUCCGCCAAGGUGCCACCACUGGAUCUCAAAAACAAUCGCCUAUCCACUUUUUUCAUUGAGAACUACCGCCCAGCGACGGAGAACUUUGGGGUAGGUGUGCUGCAUCGUUUGCUGCACGCCCCGAAGGCACUUCUCUACGCGGUGCGUGUGAUGUGCGACGUCUACCCACCAAGGCCGGACUCCGCGCUAGAGGCCCUGGCCACUGCUGAGCGAGGGAGCUCUAAGCUGAGGAGCGUAAGCGCUGAGAAGCACCAGCUGCUGCCACUGCAGCAGCAAGAGGAUGAUGAUGUUGGUGGGGGUGGGGGUGGCGCUGCUGAGGAGGGGCCUUCGCAGGACUGCACCAGCAGCAGCAGCAGCACCGAUGGCCGGGACACAAUGCAGCAGGAAUUGAUGCACUGUAAAAUCGUGCCGUACCGCACACUGCGUCGCUGUCUUCUUUCGCGGAGAAUCGCCAUCAAAAAACGAAGCGUCAGCAUGCCACUCACGUGCCCGCUAUCUGUCCGUGUGGAGAGUUAUGUAGUGGCGAAUGAAGUAUGCCGAGCGGAGCCACUGCAGAAGUCAUUUCAGCGACCUUUUGAGCGUUGGGGCACCGCGCACGCCUUCCAGCGCCGCGCCUUCAGUGCUGCUGCGGUGUACGCAUGGAAACUCAUCUUCAGUCAUACCCCGCACGACGACUACAAGCAGCGGAUGCUCAAAACAAGGGAGGAGCGAGAGGCGCGGCUUGAGCGCGUGGAGCAGCGCAACCGUAUGAUUCUCGCCUGCUACUGCGUCCACUCCGAGCGCGAGUGGCUGAAGGAGGCGUCGAAGGACCUCACCUUCGUUGCCCACAUCUGGAACCCCAAGAACUCCCUCGACCCGAACGAUCCGGACUUUGAGCGGCACUGCCGCGAGACGUACGAAUUCGUGGAGGACUUUCUCUACCAGUGCUUCCCCACCCUCACUAGUCUCGACGAUGUGCCGGCAUUCCUCAUGGGCGCGGGNAUUUUCUUUGUGCUGAAGUCCGUGCUGGAGAACCUAGACGUGGAUGAGACAGCUUCGGACGGCAGCAGCGAGUGGCAACCGCCGACAUGCCCCACUGCGCCGCCGCUUGCCACGCGGCAGCGCCACGCCGUGUACACCUACGAGCUGCUGGACCUCGUUGACUCCCUCACAUUCUGGCGCCACUGCACGCGUGUAGAGAAGGACACCGAGACGGGCCAAGCCGACAUCAGCACCACCCGAAGCGUCAAGAGUAAGGAGAAGGACAACAACGAUGGUGGGGAGGACUGCUCGGACCCGUUAGAGCGAACAACGCGCUCGCUUAUGGCGAUCGGGCAGCUUGCCACGGGCUCGUCGGUGUCACUCACCUCUUUAAUGAACGACGCCCCCGUGGAUGUUACCGACGUGGGCCGCCCACACCUCCGUCUUGUGGUGGGGCCGUCAUUGUCAACAUCCGCCGCAACAUCCCCAACAGCAAAGGCGUCACCAACGGCAAAGCGGCACGGCAACACGGGUGGAGAACUCAAGGGGUGUGCGCCGAUGAGGUUGUUGUGCCCGAAGGGUUAUUUGGUCGGUCUCAGUGAGCGGCUGGCGCGCAGUCUGCUCGGGCUGACGCUCGAUUUGGAGGUCUGUGAGGAUUUGGAUGCCGUGGCGUAG